GCCGUGGCGGCGUCGCCAUGGUGACGGGGUUGUCCCCGGGACCUGAUGGCUUGACAGGUGCGUGACAAUCCAGCUCUUCAAGCAUGUACGCCAAAGGCAAGAGUAGCACUGUACCUUCUGACAGCCAAGCCAGGGAAAAGUUAGCACUGUAUGUAUAUGAAUAUCUACUCCACGUAGGAGCACAAAAAUCAGCACAAACAUUUUUAUCAGAGAUACGAUGGGAGAAAAAUAUUACAUUAGGAGAACCACCAGGCUUCUUACAUUCAUGGUGGUGUGUAUUUUGGGACCUCUACUGUGCAGCACCUGAACGAAGAGAAACGUGUGAGCAUUCUAGUGAAGCAAAAGCCUUUCACGAUUAUAGUGCAGCAGCAGCUCCCAGUCCAGUGCUAGGAAACAUUCCCCCAGGAGACGGAAUGCCAGUAGGCCCGGUACCACCGGGAUUCUUUCAGGGACCACCAGGUUCACAGCCCUCUCCACACGCACAGCCUCCACCACAUAAUCCCAGCAAUCCCAUGAUGGGACCUCACAGCCAGCCUUUCAUGUCACCUCGUUAUCCAGGAGGCCCCAGGCCACCACUUAGAAUACCGAACCAGUCACUUGGAGGAGUUCCUGGAACACAACCAUUGCUGCCAAGUGGAAUAGACCCAACAAGACAGCAAGGACAUCCAACCAUGGGUGGACCAAUGCAACGAAUGACUCCUCCCCGGGGUAUGGUUCCCCCCUUAGGACCCCAGAGUUACGGAGGAGGAAUGAGACCCCCACUGAAUGCUUUAGGUGGUCCUGGCAUGCCAGGGAUGAACAUGGGUCCCGGAGGUGGUCGACCGUGGCCCAAUCCCCCUAAUGCGAACUCAAUACCAUAUUCAUCAGCGUCGCCUGGCAACUAUGUGGGACCUCCAGGUGGUGGUGGACCUCCAGGAACUCCCAUUAUGCCCAGCCCGGGAGAUUCAACCAACUCCAGUGACAAUAUGUAUACUAUGAUGAAUGCCGUUCCACCUGGAGCUAGCAGGUCUAAUUUUCCUAUGGGCCCUGGUUCAGAUGGUCCAAUAGGUGCUAUGGGUGGAAUGGAACCACAUCACAUGAAUGGAUCGUUAGGCUCAGGAGAUAUGGAUGGCAUCUCCAAAAAUUCUCCCAGUAACAUAAGUAUGAGUAAUCCACCUGGCACUCCACGGGACGAUGGUGAGAUGGGUGGCAACUUCCUGAAUCCCUUUCAGAGUGACAGUAUGCUGUUCGGCCCGCUGAGCUCUGCAGCAGCUGUUGGUUGUUAAAUAUAGUAUUCUCCAAGCAUGACAAUGAGUGUGUGAUCAUGUAUCCCUCCUCGUGAUCAAGGCCAGAGUGAUUUGCCUCUUAAAACGUGAAGUAACCACAUCCACAAGAGAAGAUUAAAAUAUUUUACAAAGCUCUGCAGAAAAAGAGGUUUUGAUUCUAGCAAAGACCCUGUUGUUCUGCAAAUGACAGGUGUCCCAUUGUGUACUGAAAGCGGGUCCAAAAUAUUCUUUUUAAGUUUACAAAACCUCAGAGACUGAACAGUUCAACCAUUUAAAUGUAGGAUAUUGCCUAACUGAGGCAAAACGCAGCAACUUCCAUGACUUCCCAUAGUUAAGUAAGACAUGGUGUGCUUUAUUCAGCUGUUUGAAAGAAUACAGUAAUAAAUACAGCUUAAUGUGAGUCUACUUCCUUCUGUUUUUCCCUUCCAGUCCACUCUUUAGUCUCAAGAAGUUAUGUUAAUUGUAAUUUUGUAAUGUAUAAACCAGCUCCUGACAAUACCUCUUUUUAUGCUUUAUAUGACAUCAUUGCUACUCAGCAGAACAAAUAUACUAGCCAAACACUGUAGGAUAUACAUGUGGAAGGGAAAAAAGAAAGGCUAAUGAAUAUCUUGCACUUAAUGUUGUGUUCAGUAAGUGUUAUUCAUUAAUUAGAGCUUCAUUACUUGUCAUGUGAAAUAGGAGCAAGCCUGUCUUUUAGAUUUACAGUGGUGGAUGCAGGUCCUUAACUACAGUUCUGGCAUAUCAAUGUUGAACACUAGGUGGACUAUGCUUAUGGUCAUUGACAACAGCCAAUAAGUGCUAUACCAACUGCAGCUAAGAAAUUGCAGAAUAGUUUUGUUAUUUCUGUCUUUUCCCUGGUAAUAUUAAAUUGAGAUGUAGUACUCUAGGAGCGUGAUUAAGGAUAUUUGAUGGCAAAUCGUAUGAUCUGGAUGACCUCGGUCUGCCACUAAUGAAGGAUGCCCAUCCUUCCUUAGUUAAUAUCGCACCAUAAAAUUCUGUGUUUUAGCCAUUACCUCUUUUUUAAAAAAAAAUGGAAAAUGAAACUAUCUUUUGUAAAUUUUCAUGUAUUCCUUAUUCUUCCUUCUGUGCAGAAUGAUAUAUUGUAAAUGUACAUUAUGUGUAGAUUGUAACAAACUGAAGUUCUUUUUGUUUGGUUUUUGAUUUGUAUGUGUGAGAAUGAGGGUUCACGGAAUCACCGCAGUUGGGGUCUUUUCCCAUGGGGAACGUUUUCUGGUCUGAGAUUGGAACUAGUGUAAAAUUUUGUACAAAUUGUUGGCUGACUUUUUCUGUUCUCAGACCAAUUUAAAAAUAUUUAAAUGAAAUUUACCAAACAUUAUUCAAAUGGAACCGUAAUUUUGAAGCUCAUUAAUUAUGCAUGUUAAAAAAUGUACAAUUCUGUGUUUAACUAAUGUAACCACUUGAAGUUAACCUACUCCUAACUCCAAUUAUACAGUUGAUAUUUUUAAGAAAAAGUUAGUUCCUGUUACUAUAUCAAUUUUCUAUAUUAGACAAAUGAAUUAAGUAUAGAACAUGUUUUUUAAUUUUCUGGGACUUGGGUGUGGGAACUAGUGAUAAUGAUUGCACGACACUAAAGUGCUGUACAGUUCAAAUCAUCAUUAUAUCACUUAUAAUUAUGGCAAUUGAUCUCUAGUUGAAAGUGUCUAAGUAAGAGAAGCUAAGUAAUCUGUAAAAACUUAGCAAAAUAACAAAAAAGGAAAAUUGUAAAUGUCGUCCUUUCCCUGUGAUUCCUCAUUUGAAAAGGCCCUAACAAUCAGAAAUGGAGUUUCUGUAAAACAGCCUACUUAUUACUUGCUUCAAGAAACAGUAUGUUUCAGAAAAAGAUAAAAAGGCACUGUCGUGUCCCCAAAAAAUCUUUUACUUGGGCAUUCAGACUUCUUUUUCUUGCGAUGUCUUUUGAAGAUAUUUAUAUAUUGUCUGACAGUGUGAUGCCAGUACCACGUCCAUUACAGACUAAUCAUAUGCAGUUUUGCAUUUCAAUCUGAAUAUAGUGCUAAUUGUUGUGAAGAUUACAGAUAGAUUUCUUUGAGUAAUUCUUUAUUCUUUUUGUGACUUUUAUGGAAUUAUGCCACUAAACUAAAGUUAAAUGUGCAAAUGAGAGGAUUGUGAUUGGGUUAUGGUAAAGAUUGACCUAUUCUCAUCAAGUACUUCAAACAUGCAAUUAAGUUGUCCUGCAAGCCCUAUCUUGCAGUACAGAAACAUUUUGAACUACCAAACUUCUUCACCAAACCAGGUCAAAAUACUAUAGUGGUGCAUUACUCAAGUCAAACAUGAUGUUCUCCUAAGGGGCCAUCUAUUGGUGGGUCCUCAGAUAGCUGUAGAAGCUGAUCCAGGUUCCACGUUAAAAUACGAUUAAAAUACUAUUGUCCCUCUAAGCUUCAUUCAAAUCUUGAAUACACUAAACAUCAAUAUAUUGUGUUAUAUUUUAUAACUGAGCAGGUAGGAUGAACAGUGUUGCUUGUCUGAGUCAUAUAUUCAUUCUUGUAACAUUAAACCAUUUAAGCAAGAAAGAUAUCACUUCUUGCACUCAUUGAGCACUUGAUUUAUGUAUUUGCAAGAAAUAACUGGUUUAUAUUUUCAUAAACCAUUGCUCACCACCAAAAAUCUGAAAGAAAAUAAAUUAUUUAUACUUCAUUUGAUGAGAAAUAAGGGAGAUCUUUGUUGAGAGAUUGGAUAUUAAUUUUGAUGUGGUGCAUUUAUUUUGCAAGGCAUUGGGCAAGGCAGUGAUGAUGGCAUGAGGUCUAUAUGACUGAGCCUCAUUUCAGUAAAUUGUUGAACUUCCAGUAGCAAACAGCCAGGUUGGAGACUGAGCCCAUAGAGAGUGAACACUAGACACAGUGGAGGAAACGCUCCAGUGCACGGGAGAAUAAAUGUGGCCCAGCUCAUUCCGUGUUCACUUCUACCCAGAGAAUGUACUAUACAGAGUUGAAGAAAAAACCUGUGUUGGGACUACUGUACAUAUGUGGAGUAGCCACCUUGGUUCACCUGCUGCCUAAGUCAUUGUUCUUUUAGAUAUCAACUUGUUCUGAAAUUUCAGUCAGCUCUUCAUCAGUGAGAACAGAGUGGUUAGUGCUGCAGUCUUACAACCUACAGCCAAUCUAUUACCACCCAAAAUUCAAGAGGAAAAAUAUCCUAAUGCUAUUUUUUGAUCAAGUGGUUAUGCAUGCAGUAAUUUUUUUUGAAAGCAUUUCAUGAAAUAUAUUGAUUAUUUGUGUAUGCAUGGUCUGUUCCCUUCUGUUCUCAUUGACACUGACUGACUUGCUGAGUUCCUUAAGCGUUCUGUGUGUGUUGCUCAGCAAUGAAUGUUAUGAAGUGUGCAGUCUACAAUCCGAUAUUUCAUUAUGUAAAAUUUGUUUGAUUAGCAGAUUAAAAAGACUACAUUUCCAAUUUCACAGUCCUGUUUUGUGUUUGAGUCUGAUGAAGUUACUUCAAAUCCAGGGAGAAAUUGAAGAGUUACGAUGCAAGGUGUAGUUAACUGUGAGGAUAUUGUGGUUAUUUCACAGUGAUGAUGAUAUAUAACAUUUUUAACUUGUGUAGUUUCAGACUGUGUGCUAAAACUGGUUCAGUGCUGCCAUUUAGCCAAUGAAAAUCCAAAAAUUUCAGGUUAAUAGAAUUCGCUUUUGUCAUUGUACUCAGUAUAAUUCACAAUUGACAUUGCAAUAUUCUGUUGCCAUGAUGCCCAUUUGCAACACACAUGCAGUGGGCCACUUUAUUAGGCAUCUCCUGUAGCUCCUGUACCCAAGAAAGUGACCAUUGAAUGUAUGUUCAUGAUCUGUCGCCUAUCUAUUUCAAGGUUUGACAAAUAUUCAGAGAAGUUCUUUUGAGCACCACUUCUGUAAAGCAUGGUUAUUUGAGUUACUGUCACCUUCAUGUCAGUUUGAACCAUACUGGCCAUUCUCCUCUGACCCCUCAUUAACAAGGCAUUUUCAUUGACGGAUCUGCCACUCACUGGAUGUCUCAUUUAUCACACCAUUCUCUGUAAACUCUGGAAACUGUUGUGUGUGAAAAUCCCAGGAGAUCAACAGUUUCUGAGAUACUCAAACCACCCCAUCUGGCACCAACAAUAAUUUGACAGUCAAAGUCACUUAGAUCACAAUUCUUCUGCAUUUUGAUGUUUGGUCUGAUCAACAACUGAACCUCUUGACCAUGUCUGCAUGCUUUUAUGCAUUGAGUUUCAGCAAAAUGAUUGGCUGAUUAGAUAUUUGCAUUAACAAGCAGGAUAACAGGUGUACCUGAUAAAGUAGCUACUGGGUAUAUGUAUGUUAGUUGUGAAAAUAAAGCUUCUGGCAGUUCUCUCUCGUACUUAGCUAUGAUUUCUCUUUUGCCUUUGCAUUGUGCCUCACACCGAGAAACGAUUAUUUAAAAGGAAAUUUUGCCUUUGAUAGCAAAUUCAUGUAAGCAGUGCUCCCAAGAUCAAGUUUUCUGUCUUUUUUAAAAUCAGAAAAUGCAGUGUUCUUUGUUAUUUCACCAUUUGCCACUAUUUUUCAAACGUUUGCACAAGAGAUUAUGAAAGACAAAUAUAAAUAAAUUCUGCGAUGGAUAGAUAGCUGCAAUAACAGCGUGGUAAUUGUUCCAAAAGUCAUUCUGGUGUGUUCUGUAAAAUAAUGUAGUUUGUGUAAGAAACUUUGUCUUGACUAUGGUUUACACUGUAAUAUACUGUUGUAAAGCGCAGUUUGAUUCCAUGUAGCAAGUGCAUUUCUGUAGUUAUUGUUAGUAUGUCACUAAAUCAGCCAAUACUUUAUUAUUUGGGUAUUUUUUUGUAUUCUUUUUUUGUUUGCCUUGUUAAAGCAUGCUUAACUGACUCUAGAAUCUCUGAUGUGGAUAUUUUAAAGAUUUCAGCCAACUAAGCAGAAACUGCCAGGAAACAAUAAAUACAACUUUUCUAUUAUUUUUGCCCUGAAUAUUGAUAUUGUUUUACAGAAAAUAACAUUAAUAUUUAUGUUACUUUACAUUGCCCUCUAACUUCAAAAUGGCAAAAUCUAAUUUAAUCUGAACAGAAAAUGCAUGUGCCUACACAUUCUCUUUAUGCUGCAUCUCAUCUGAGUGCAUGUGAUGUUCAUUGAAACUAGUUGCAAAGAUAGACAUUUUGCAUAUUCAAGAAUAUUCAUUUACGCAAAUGACAAUUAAGUGCUUAAUACCCUCAUGUUUUGUACUUUUCAUUGAUCUAUAUACCCCUUAUCAAUUAUAUUAAAUAAAUUCCAUAUUCUGUUUUUUAUAAUCUAUACUUUUUUAUGAAAUGUCAUAUACUUUCUAAAAACUUCAUUAAAAUUAUAUUGUUUGACUUGUUUUAUGAACUGACUUUCUUGAAAAAAGGGUGAGAGACACUAAAAGCUGAAUUAUAGCUAUGGUUUUUAAAUCUGCAUUUAACCUAGUUGGGACAAAGGAACCAUUUAGUUUUUGAAACAAUUUAUUUUUUAGUAUGACUCUUUUGAAAUCAAAUUCACUCUUCCGUGAUGCUGCGUAGCAUGUUUUCAGAAAACAGAUGCCCUGACAUCUAUUACAAUGUAUAAUGUUUAGAAAAUAUUUUAACCAGUUAAACUUCUGUAGUCAGAUAAAGAGGUAAAUUCUUUAACCUAGUGGUAGGGGAGGAUCUGGAGCUUCAAUCAUCUUUGUAUUUGAAGUUUCCUCACAAAUUGGAACUGUGCUAAACAUUCUGCUGAGAGUAAUUGAAUACGUGAAUGUGGAAUCAGAGAGGACUUUUGGUAGUGGUAAUUCCCGAAUCCUGGACAUUAUUACACUUCAUUAACCUCUGACAUUGCUUUGGCAAUGUUGUUCUGCACUUUGUUCUUCAAACCAAUUCAAUACAAUAAACAGCCACCAAUAGUGUUUUCUUUCAAUUUUUUCUAACAAGAAUACCAAUUAAAGCUACCUUACAUCACAGUGAAGUUAAAAUUUUAAAAAAAUGUCUAUUCCAUGAGCAUAUCAAAGAAUCAACAUAUCGAGUCAGUACCUAUACACAGUAACUCCAGGUUUUUAGGGCACAUUUACUUCAUGCAGAUGGCUUUUAGAAGUUGCUGUACAAAGUCUGAAGCAUAUCUCGAUGGCUGCCCAGCACUGCACCUCAUUGCAUGAUUUCAAUGUUUAAAAUGAAUUUUCUUAUCCCAGUGUUUCCUACUUUGUAUUUGUUCCUGCGGGCACAAUAGUAUUGUGUUUAGUAGCUCUGCCUUCACUUUUCUUUGUGUUCCUGAGUACUAAUUAGCGACGUGUCCUGGUUUAUUGUUCAGCACAUUCUGUAUUACAUCAUUUGUAUGUUCUUUAAAUUGUAAAGUUUCUUAGAUUGAAAACUUGCUCAUUAAACUGUUACAUCAAAUGUG